CGGCCCGGGCGGCUUUACGGCCGCCGCGGGUAACGGGGCGCCGGGCCGCGGGGAGCGGCGCAGCGCGGCGGGAUGGCGGCGGCCGCGGCGGCGGCGGCCCACAUGGCCGAUGUCAGCUGGAAGAUGCUGGAGCUGCGGGCUCGCUCGAAGCGCUCAGGUUCAAUUUAUGAGCCACUUAAAAGUAUUAACCUUCCAAAACCAGAGGGGGGAAGUCUGUGGGAUAAAUUAGAUCAUUAUUACAGAAUUGUUAAGACAACGUUGCUACUUCAUCAAAGCCCAACCACAGGUCUGUUUCCUACAAAGACAUAUGGGGAUAACAGAAAGGCAAAAGUGCAUGACAAUCUUUACUGUGCUGCAUGUUCCUGGGCAUUGGCUCUUGCUUACAGGCGUAUUGAUGAUGACAAGGGAAGAACUCAUGAACUGGAGCAUUCUGCUAUAAAGUGUAUGAGAGGAAUUCUCUACUGCUACAUGCGUCAGGCCGAUAAGGUUCAGCAGUUUAAGCAAGACCCCAAACCAUCUGAAUGUCUUCAUUCUGUUUUCAGUGCACAUACUGGAGAUGAGGUCUUCUCGGCUAAGGAAUAUGGUCAUCUUCAGAUAAAUGCUGUGUCAUUAUUUCUCAUCUAUUUGGUUGAGAUGAUCUCUUCGGGGCUGCAGAUUAUCUACAACACAGACGAGGUUUCCUUCAUUCAAAAUCUUGUAUUCUGUGUGGAAAGAGCCUACCGUGUACCUGAUUUUGGUGUUUGGGAAAGAGGAAGUAAAUACAACAAUGGCAGUCCAGAGCUACAUUCAAGCUCUGUGGGGUUGGCAAAAGCGGCUUUAGAAGCAAUUAAUGGAUUCAAUCUCUUUGGAAAUCAGGGCUGCUCCUGGUCUGUUAUAUUUGUGGAUUUUGAUGCUCAUAACCGUAACAGACAGACCCUGUGUUCAUUGCUACCCCGAGAGUCAAGGUCUCAUAAUACUGAUGCAGCUCUUCUGCCCUGUCUCAGUUAUCCUGCAUUUGCUUUGGAUGAUGAGGUUUUGUUCAAUCAAACACUAGAUAAAAUUAUUAGGAAAUUAAAAGGAAAAUAUGGGUUUAAAAGAUUCCUGAGGGAUGGAUACAGAACAGCACUGGAGGAUAAAACACGGCGCUAUUAUAAACCAGCAGAAAUAAAGCUUUUUGAUGGUAUUGAAUGUGAAUUCCCUCUGUUCUUUAUUUUCAUGAUAAUUGAUGGUGUUUUUAGAGGAAAUUCUGCACAAGUAAAAGAAUAUCAGGAUCUUCUGGAUCCUUUGCUUCAACAUACAUCUGAAGGGUGUCCUGUUGUACCCAAGUAUUACUAUGUGCCAGCUGAUUUUGUUGAACUGGAAAAGAAGAAUCCUGGCAGUCAGAAACGAUUUCCUAGUAACAGUGGACGCGAUGGGAAGUUUUUCUUGUGGGGACAGGCAGUUUACAUCAUUGCAAAGCUCUUGGCUGACAAAUUAGUAAGUCCUAAAGAUAUUGAUCCCAUCGGACGUUAUGUACCUCCACAAGAUCAGCGGAAUGUUAGCAUGAGAUUUUCAAACCAGGGUCCUUUAGAAAAUGAUUUGGUAGUGCAUGUGGCCCUCAUAGCAGAAAGUCAACGCCUACAGGUUUUUCUGAACACAUAUGGAAUCCAAACUCAGACUCCCCAGCAGGUGGAACCAAUUCAGAUAUGGGCUCAAAAAGAACUUGUUAAAGCUUACUUUCAUUUGGGAGUCAAUGACAAACUGGGAUUAUCUGGAAGACCGGACAGGCCUAUAGGAUGCCUUGGAACAUCAAAGAUUUAUCGAAUACUAGGAAAGACCGUAGUUUGCUACUCGAUCAUUUUUGAUCUAAGUGAUUUCUACAUGUCUCAGGAUGUUAUGAUGCUGAUUGAUGACAUUAAGAAUGCGCUGCAGUUCAUUAAGCAAUACUGGAAAAUGCAUGGUCGUCCACUAUUUGUUGUACUUAUCCGUGAAGACAAUAUAAGAGGGAGCAGAUUCAAUCCGAUAUUAGAUAUGUUGGCAGCCUUUAAAAAGGGGAUUGUUGGAGGAGUGAAAGUUCAUGUUGACAGAGUACAGACUUUAAUAUCUGGAGCAGUUGUUGAGCAACUUGACUUCCUAAGAAUCACUGAAACAGAAGAAGUUCCUGUAUUUAAGAGUUUGGAGGAGCUGGAUCUUCCAAAACAUUCAAAAGUCAAGAGACAGUCUAGCACUCCGAAUGCUUCUGAACUUGAGCAGCAACCAGACGUAAAUAUUAAUGACUGGAAAAAUAAGUCAACAUACGAGAUUCUGCAGAAACUUAAUGACUGCAAUUGCCUUGCAAGUCAAGCAUUACUUUCAAGUAUAUUGCUUAAAAGGGAAGGACCGAAUUUUAUCACCAAGGAAGGUACUGUUCGUGAACAUAUUGAAAGAAUCUAUAGACGAGCUGGCAGCAAAAAACUCUGGUCUGUUGUGCGCUUCGCAGCAAGUCUUUUAGGUAAACUAGUGGACAGCCUUGCACCAUCUAUUACUAAUGUUUUAGUUCAGGGCAAGCAGGUGACACUUGGAGCUUUUGGCCAAGAGGAAGAAGUCAUUUCUAAUCCCUUAUCCCCAGGAGUCAUUAAGAACAUCAUCUAUGAAAAAUGUCAUUUACAAGAUGAAAGAGAAGCUGUGGUUCAGCAAGAACUCGUCAUCCAUAUUGGUUGGAUCAUAUCAAAUUCACCUGAACUUUUCAGUGGCAUGCUGAAGAUACGAAUUGGAUGGAUUAUCCAUGCUAUGAAGUAUGAAUUGAAAUUCCGUGCCGGAGAUAUGCCAGCCAAGGACCUGUACCAGAUGUCCCCUAGUGAAGUGAAGCAGCUUUUGCUGGAUAUUCUUCAACCACAGCAGCAGGGGAGAGGCUGGCUUAACAGACGACAAAUAGACGGUUCUCUGAAUCGAACUCCUGCUGGAUUCUAUGACAGGGUGUGGCAGAUCUUGGAGAGAACUCCUAAUGGUUUAAUAGUAGCAGGGAAAUUUUUACCACAGCAACCAACUUUAUCGGAUAUGACGAUGUACGAAAUGAAUUUUUCCCUCCUAGUUGAAGAUAUGCUGCAAAAUAUUGACCAGCCAGAAUACAGGCAAAUUAUUGUAGAGUUGUUGAUGGUCAUAUCUGUUAUUUUGGAGAGAAAUCCAGAGUUAGAGUUCCAGGACAAAGUGGACUUGGACAAAGUGGUGCAAGAAGCAUUUCGUGACUUUCAGAAAGAUCACAACAGGUCAAAGGGAGAUGAGAAACAAGAUGACAUGACUGCAUUCUAUAACACUCACCCAGUCGGAAAAAAGGGAACAUGCAGCUACUUGAGUAAGGCUGUGAUCACCUUAUUGCUGGAAGGGGAAGUGAAAUCAAGCAAUGAUGAUCCUUGUACUGUUAGCUAAAGCUUCAAAUACAGCAUAGGAGUUGCUGCUUUAUUUAGGGUUCUAUGUAUUUUGCAUGCACGUAUUAAAAUACUGUUUUGAAGAGUAACCCUGGCUAGUAAUACAAAUAUGUAUACCAUCCUUUGCUAAAAAAAAAAAAAAAAAGUGCCAUUAAAGACACGAAGUGCACCUUAAUUUUCCUUUCUCAACUAUGCAGCAUGAUACUGAAAGCACAUGAAGUUAGUCCUGUGAUAUCUUAAUUAAGUAGAAUGGUAUUGUACCUUUGAUAUUAAAUUUAUGCAUUCACCAUAACUGGUAUCUUAGGUAUAAGGACAGAAUCUUACACUGUAUUUCUCUCUUAUUUAUUUAUAAUUACAAACAAGUUUAUUGUAAAUUCUAAAUUAAAUUCAGAAAAUACUGUAGUUAGGUAAUGCAUACCAAACUGUGGAAAUGCAAAACCUAGAUUUUUUUUUUUUGAUUUUGCACACAAAAUAGAAGUAAAAUAAUUAAGAAGUUUUUAUUCUUAGAAAAAAAGAAUCAGUUCAAUUAACAGCAGGCAUUUCGUUGUUUGGGUUUUAAUUUACCACUUGAUACACAGGUUUCUUUGUGAGAGAAUGGCUUUUUUUAAGCUCUAGCAAUACACAUCACUGUAGUUUCCCAGUUUAAGUAUCUGUAUAAAGGGAAACACAUGAUAACAACAUAAAUAGUUUUUAUAAAAAAAAAAAAAGCAAGCAAACUGUAUUUAAAAUUAGUAUCACUGAAGAAAAAGCUUUGUAUUAAAUGAACUAUUAAUGCAUGAAAGAAUUCAAGAUAAAUUUAUUUGUCUCCCAAAUGUGUGAAAACAUUGUAUGCUAAAUGCUUUAUUUUGGUAAAAGUAAUAAAAAUAAAAUGCUUUAAAAAGAGAACUUUCAAUAAAAAUACUUUUAGAGUUA